AUGCUGGGCGUGCUGUACAUGGACCCGUUCGAGCGGCCCGGGAAGGCGGUACAGUCCGCGCAGUUCACACUGCAGGGGUCCAAGGCGCUGGAGGGCGGCAGGCAGCAGGUGCCCAAGACGACGCUGGUGUAUGCGCUGCCCGUCGGGAUGCCUGGGCUGCCAAUGUCCUUCGCCGUCACGUUCAUGCACGAGAUCGGGCACGCGGUGCACUCGCUGCUCUCCGCGACCUCCUUCCAGCACCUCUCGGGGACGCGCGGCGCGGUGGACUUCGUGGAGUUCCCCUCCCACCUGUUCGAGCACUACGUGCUGGACCGAUCCGGGCUGCCUGUCCAGGUACGCCAGCCACUCCAAGACUGGGGCACCCAUCCCCACCGCGCUGCUGCGUAG